AAAUCUUUAAAGCUCCAUAGAAACCUUCUGUUUAUACUCUGGGCAUUGGUGAUAGUUCUAAUUUACAGUGCCUUUUUUGUUCCAACAUAUCACAUUGUACGUCAUACUGAAGAUAAUUUGGGCCUUGGUCCGGAAAAGUCUGGUCAAUUGCUUACAAUAUUGGCCAUGUCUGCUGCUGGAAGUACAGUAACAGUUGGUCUAAUAGCUGACCACCUCACUAUACAACACAAGAUCUUGUUGCUACAAUUGCUAUUGCUGCUUGGUGGAAUAUCUACUAUGCUACUUCCUUUCUACCACACAUUCGCACUUGUAGCAGUUUAUAUGGCAGCAUAUGGGGUGGCAAUGGGAUUCACAACCCUCAUAUCAGUGAUUACAGUAGCUAUAGUAGGUGAAGAACAAAGCAUGCUUGCCAUCGGUAUGAUCACUCUAUAUGCAAGCUCAUCAAUCAUUGGCCCGCCAAUUGCAGGCUGGAUGUAUGACAGUAGUGGCAACUACAAUGACGGCUUCCUUGUAUUUGGACUUGUACUCGUGAUAGCUGCUCUCCUUCUUAGUCUAUAUAAAGUAGUCAGAAGAAUACAGUUGAUAUCGACAAAGCAAGGGAAAAGCACACUGUCUGUCAUACAACGUCUCGAGAAAAAUAACUACCUUGAUGCUACUACUAUAGUAAUAUUCAAAGAAACAAGUGUAUAAGAGAUGACUAAAUCCAUCCUUAAUAGUUUUUCCGUGUUCAUGGCUGUAUGUCAUUUGCAUCAGAUCUCCCAUGUGUGAUCGAUGCAAAUUAUAACAUCUGAGACUGUA